CGCGCCCUGACGGCCGGGAUCGCCGUACUGCCGCGAAUCAAACUAAAAAAAUAUGUGAAUAACAGCUGUGCAGAACCCUCGGUUUAAAAAUUUUCCAAAAUUACUCGCUAGAUUUUUUCUGUGUGGUGAUAACAUUUUGAUUCGGAUUACUUUGUGAAAUUUGUGUUGCAGUGUAAGUGGGGAUGUGAAAGACGAAAUGUAGGGGAUUGCUGUGUUUGUGAAUUAAGAUACAGUAAUUUGGAGCUUGCUGACUAGCUUCCGAUACAGUAAUUUGGAGCGUGCUGAUUAACUUCCGGUUGCAUGUACUUACACACUUAAAGAUUUCAAAUGAAGAGCUAAGCAGAUAACAGACGACGUUCGCAUUUUCUGAUGCUUACGAUCAGAGGAGUCGGAGCACUGUGACAUCAACAUAUCGUUCAUCCAACCAUAUCUUCAAAGUCCCCCUUGAUUUCAAAUUUUAUAAAUGUUCGCGAGUGAAAAUGGAAAUCAACAUCAAGCGUUGUGUUAAACCCAAACCCAUGAGGCCCUCGACGUGUUGACGAAACCGAAGACAAAGGUGCAGGAAUGGAAUCGAGAACGGACAGUGAAACUUACAUGUUUUCCUCGAACUUAGUUUCAACGGCCAUCUCCCCUAAUCUGUCCAUAGGCAACUCGAGUUUUGUGAACGCAACGUUAACAGAAGUUGAGCCAGAAUGGACAGACGUGUUGCUCUUUGUGUUCAAAGCGUUUGUGAUGGGGAUGAUCAUCAUCGGGGCGAUCUUCGGGAACCUUCUGGUGAUCGUGAGUGUCAUGAGGCAUCGGAAAUUAAGGAUAAUCACCAACUACUUCGUGGUGUCUCUAGCGUUUGCGGACAUCCUUGUAGCCAUAGCUGUAAUGACAUUCAACGCGAGUCUUCAACUCACCGGUCACUGGAUGUUUUCGCAGUUUAUGUGCGAUGUUUGGAACUCUCUCGAUGUGUAUUUCUCCACUGCCUCCAUUCUCCAUUUGUGCUGCAUCAGUGUAGACCGCUACUACGCCAUCGUGAAGCCACUCAAGUAUCCCAUCAACAUGACUAAGAGAGUGGUGGCUUUUAUGUUGAUCAACACGUGGUUGGCCCCUGCUGUGAUUUCCUUUCCACCCAUCUUCUGCGGUUGGUACACCACCAAGGAUCACCAGAUUAGGCCGAACGAGUGCGACUUUGAGGUGAAUCCGUGGUAUGCGCUGUUUUCUUCCUCAGUGUCCUUCUGGAUCCCCUGCACCAUCAUGAUCUUCACCUACCUCGCCAUCUUCAAGGAGGCCAACAGACAAGAGAAACAGAUCCACUCCCGCCUUGGCAACCCUGCGUUGCUGCAGCACAACGGGGAAGUCUUGAGCUCCAGGUCAGCCAGAAGUUCAAGUGGUGGCUCCAGUAAGACACUAACUCUGCACGAGGUGGGUCCUAUGCACGCACAGUCGACGCCUACCAAAGAUCGGAACAUCAUCAAGAUGAAGCGAGAACACAAGGCUGCACGCACUUUGGGAAUCAUCAUGGGCACCUUUAUACUCUGCUGGCUGCCGUUCUUUUCAUGGUACGUUACACACACCGUGUUCGGCGUGCAGUACCCAGACGUCGUGGUGAUCACGGUGUUCUGGGUAGGCUACUUCAACUCCACCCUCAACCCCCUCAUCUACGCCUACUUCAACCGGGAGUUCAGAGAGGCGUUCCGGAACACCCUGCAGUGCGCGUUCUGCAGCCUCUGCAGGAGGCCACCUAGCGACCUGGACGCCUUGGACAUGCGGAGGCCGAGUCUUCGGUACGACGACCGCACUCGGAGCGUCUACUCGGAGACCUACCUGAAGCACAUCGACCGAAGGCGCUCGUCCGAACUGGGCUCGUCACUGUGAUACGAGCAGAGGGUGUAGCAGUGUGACGUAGCGAUAGUGAUAGAUAACGCUUAGGAAUAACGCUUACGGUACUCUGCGGCUAAUAGUGUAUUUUGUAUUUGUGGAGAAAGGACUUAAUUGGUGCUAUACCGCAAUACGUUUUGAUGUUUCGUUUUCUUGUUCAAUUUCGAUUAUUUUUUGUGGAAUGUAUUUUAAAGUUAAAAUUAAACAGCCAAGUAUUAGUGAAAUAUAAGUUACAGAUCAGUUUUUACAACUUCAAAUAGUCCACUGGAAUUUAUAAGAUACAAAAUUUGCAAAAUUCCUUAUGCUGUGAUACACUUUACUUUUAAAUAUUUCAAAGGGGUUUUACACACUGUUUGCAUCAAAUUCAGUGACAUUUUUGCUAACCUUGGAUGGAAAAAUAUCGUAUCCUCAAGGAAAAAAGUCCUCAGGUAAAACAAUGGUCUCUAAAACAAUAAAUAAAUCAAAUUGAUGCUACAAAGAGUUUAACUCAUCAGAAAACUAACAUACAGUUGUUCUCAUUGCAAAGAAAUGAGGUAGGCCUACAUCAGAUUGAAACAAUCUACAGAUCAUGUAACUAAUAUUAACCACUAUCCUAAUUGGAACCCGUUCAGAAAAUCUGGGUUAUUAAUUUCAAUAUUCAAACGGGAUUCGUCAAUGUGUCUUAUUAUUCGGUUGCCUUCUGUUAUCUUAGUUUCAGCUGCAUUAUUAUUUAUUCUUUGCAAAUUAGCCGCAGAGGACUGACUUUAACCUAACUUUAACCUGAUUUGGGCGAGUUUUUAGUCUUUGCGAACAAAUUGUGGUAUGAGUUAUUAUUUGUAUAUACUGUAAGACUUAUAGUUAUAUUUUUGCCCAUGGAAAGCAAUAAGUAUUUUUUAUAGAUAGAUAGUAUUACUUUGAAUAUUUAUUGUAAAUAUAUCAACACGAAUCUAAAAAAUGUUCACUAAUUAACUCACGGGUCUAUAGUUUUUUAUAUACUUUAAACAAAUUGUACAUAACUACUGUAGUUUUGUAAUAUAUGGAGUAUAUUUUAUAUUUGUCUGCAUUUAAGUAAACUUUCAAUAUUACCGAAAGUACUGUAACUACUUAAAUACUACGGAUUAGUUACGCUUAAGAUUUCUUAUUUGACAAACACACAACAGGAUUACUUUAUUUAUUGAAGCGGUACUUAGCGCAAAACUUUCAAACAUAAACCUGUCUGUAUCCGUAUAUGCAAUAUUUUUUUGUUUCUUCUCAAAACAUAUAUUCCCAAUUGGUAUAUCGUAUGUACAUACCAAUAGAACAUAUGUCGAGAUUUGACGUGCAUAUAUGUCGUGAUGUACUGUAGCUGUAAGUAUACUUAUAGUCCUGUGUAUAACAAAGGGAUCUAUCUAUUAUGGACGUUGAAUCGUACACCAUUUCAAUGUUGUAUUCGAUGUAUCGAUGGUAAACCAUGGUCCAACCAUAAGUCGGUGUGUUAAAGAAUUUUGUAUUUUUGUAUCGUAAAAUUAUUUGUUAAAAAGUAAGCAAUAAGAUUUUGUGAUUGGAUUUUAAGAGUGGUAAAUAUUUUGGAUAUUGUUUUUCGUUGUAAAAUACUCUAUGACCCUUUUACAAAUCCAGAAAAAAACAUUUCUAGAACUAUGAAUUUUGUAAAUAUAAGUUUUUUGAGAUUACUAAUUUCAUAAUUACGAAAUAAUUGUCAUUUAAUAGCUUACAAUAUCGUUCCCGAAAAACAUAUUAACGCACCGACAAAUUAUUUUGACAAUCUCUCUUUAUACUCUCAAGUAUAAAGUCAUAUACUUGACUAGAAACUCAACGAAUUUAACAUGAAAGGUGUUCUACUAAAUAUUUCUGACCCAAAGUUAUAAUAAUUGGUACGAUAUGGUUGAUUUUUGGUACUCGUAUAGUGAUUUUCUAUGAGAUAAUAUUUUUACUUCAUUUCGUUAUGUAUGUUCAAGAAUUAAAGCAAUACUUAAAAAACAGUUCCUUGCACCAAGUUGGUCAAAAUUAUACCAGUUUAUACACGAUUUAUAUUAUAAGAAAUUAUAAUCUGUAUAAUAUAAUUACCUACUCAUGGAAUUAAUAUAAAACAAAUUUAAAUUAUAAGAAACACGCGUUAUAAACUUGUUAAAAAGAUCGUUAAAAAAUACGAUUUCCUGAGUGAGUUAUGGAAUUUAUUAAGAACUAUCUGCAUAUAAAAUAAAAUGUUUAAACUAAAGUUGGUAACAUAACUUUAAUUUUGUCAUAACAGAACUGUAUAGGCCCUGAUUAUAUCGGUUCACAUUGAAACAGAUCUAGACCUAUAGCAGUGCUACCGUUGGCAUAAAUUCUGGCGUCCACCGCUAGGAGCGCCAUGUAGUUCCGUAGUGCAUGCAGUCUAACUACCCGACGCUCCUAGUGGUGUACGCCAGAACCUACGCUAACCACAGCACUGCUGUUGGUCUAUAUUUUUAAUUUUAUUUGUCUAUGCUUUCAAUCAACGAAACCGACACAGUAGUAAAUUAGUUUAGAAUUCCAUUCUGUUCGAAUAUUAUUCAACAUUAUACGGGGAAAAGCACAAAUUAUUGUACAUAGUUUUGUAGCAUUUGUAAAUUUACGCGUGUCAUUUUAUGUGUAGUGAAUUAGUAGGCUGAAUUAAAUGUGUACCUACCCAACUAUUUGUGAGAGUUUGUAAUAUAGGAGAAUUGUACGUGAUGAAGUAGGUCUAACAAAUGUUGAUAUUAUUUUUACUAAUGCCAGAGUCUUCUAUUUGUAUAUAUCGCGCGAUUGGAGCUACCUGCAGGACGUAGAGAAAUAUAAACUGUAUAAAUCUGAAAAUAAAUAUUUAAAUAUUG